UGAUCGCCCCCCGAUCAGAGUCCGUGCGCGGUCUGUGGAGCUUCACCAAAAGCCUGGUACUAAUCAUGCCUACAUAUUUUGGCGCCCAUCGUGGGGCCCGAAGACUUUGCUAUGACAAAGAUGGGGGACGAGUUCGAAACCCCGCUCAAGGGAAUGGUCGAAAACAACACGUUGAGGGAUAUAUCGUCGAGAAUCGUGGAUAAGAUAAAGUUGGAGGAUGUUGUCAAAAGUCAAGGGCAACAUAACACGAGCAUGCAGAAUAGCCUCCACCAAAUACUUCACCUCUUGAAGACGAGAGAAGACCCAACCGAGGCCUCAAAGGGAAGACUGCGGGAGGAGAAGCAGAAGGCCACUUUCAUCCCUGACAGUCUUGCUCAGACAAAUGACGAGGGAAUGGAGGCAGAAGACCUGGACCUCGGCUUCCUCGAGCAACAUUUGCGGUCCACCUACGGGAGGCACAAAGAGCCAAAUAAUCUUCAAAACCCCCUGGGAAAAGAGUUAUUAAAAACACCCGUGCCCCCAAACUUCUCAUCACUGGGGCUACCCACAUACAGCGGAACUUCAGAUCCCACAGAUCAUCUUUUAGCAUUCAUGCUGAGACCUGUGCCUUGCGUUCUCCUUGAAGGGGUCAUAGAGAACUUUGAACAGUUCGUUAUGCUGUUCUCCACGAAUUUUGCAUCCCAACGAAGACGCAAACUCACUGUCUUGGCUCUCAUUAACUGAAGUCAAAGGAAGGAAGAGUCGCUAACAGAUUUCUGCGACCGCUGAAACGCAAUCGCGUGUGAAAUACAAGGAAUCUUUCUGGCGGUGGCCGCAGGCAACCUCAGGAUGUCAACGAAUAGCAUUAAGCUGAAGAGAGCCCUGAUAAAAAAAAAAAGAAUCCUCCCUCUCGUUGUGGUCGGAGCUGGACCAGUUGGUCCGGCUGGCUAUAUUACUUGAAGAAGCGUUAACCACAGACGAUCAAAACAGGCAACUUCGACCCCGGUUCGACACCGAUGACCGAGGAGAUGCUCAACGAGGGAGACGCUCCCCAGAGAGAAAGACGUAUCGAAACUGGUACUCCGAGCGGGACAACAUAAAGGAAGUGUUUUUUGCUGAUCGAGAGCGUGGAAGAGAAAAAAGAAGGGAAGGGAAGAAGCGAGAGGCCCCUCCUAGGCAGUAGCAGCAAGAGGGAAAGAAAUGGUGCGACUAGCACCAGGCGACCACCCAUGACACCACAAAGUGUAGGAAAUUCAGACCCAGCCUUAAGUACCUCGCUUCAGGAGAUCUCCGCAACCGCCUAGAGACGAGACGAUCACACAAAGAACGCUCCCAAGAAGCACAUGAAAGGUUUUGGAGUCUAGAGUCAGACAAAGCGAGGAGAACUAGAGCGGAGAGAUCAAGAUCCCCUCGCAUGUCAAGAUCCCGCCUACUGAAAACCGCGCGACGAUGAAGAUUGAAUGAAAAUCAUAACAAUUGUUGGGGGCAGAAAGCGCGUGAGGUCGGAAGGAGACCGCAUCGCACACUGCCUGAAUGUCCAACGAAAGGCGCCAGCUGACGUCUCCUUCUUGCAUCCGAGAUGGUCAAAGAGGAAACCGUAGAAGACCCACUAGUCAUCUCCUUUAGAACCAUGAAAUUCACAGUCACUCGCGCUCUGGUAGACAAUAGAAGCUUUGCGGACAUCCUCUUCUACUCAACGCUUAAGAGUGUCCAAGACCUCCAUCCCUCCAACCCCAGUCUGGUAGGCUUCUUCUGAACGAAUGUGCGUGUUCUCGGGUCAAUCACCCUCAAGGUAACCAUAGGUGAAAUGAAACGGGAGUCACAAAGAUGCGUCCCGUAGAGUCCCACGUGGCAGAUUGUUCAUCAGCAUACAACGCCAUUUAGGGAUGCUGUUUUCUUGCAACCUUCGAGGUGAUUCCCUCAACGUGCCACCAGACGUUAAAAUUUCCCAGCGAAGGACGGACGGGAAGCAUCCGAGGAAAUCUCAAGGAGGCAAAGGAAUGCUACCAAGCAACCAUUGAGAAUCUGGAAGUUGAACUCGUCGACGCCCGAGGACAUUCCCCGCCAAGAGGCAUUGGAGGGUGAAGUGGCAGUCAGCGGCGGAUCCAGAACACAGAAGUGUACUGGGCCUCAUUUUAUUAGAAAAUUAGAAUAGUAAAAAAAUAUCAUGAUU